UUCUAAAAGCCCUGGAGUACUUUACGCGGCUGCCACGUGCUAUCGCGUUUGCAUUGUGCUACCAAAUACGCUUAUCCUUCCAGUGCUGCAGUCACAGCAGGCAUACAUAAAUUAUAUAGUACAUAUAGUUAUAUGCACAUACCUAAAGCUCGACAUCUUCCGAAAUACUUACACUUGAGGUACCUAUUUACCUAAUACUCAAAUCGUUGGCUCUCAAGAAUUUAUAAGAUGGUCUACCGCGAGUAUUUGCGAGACAUUGACAUGUCGAUUCACUUCAAAUUUGGGACUCACACCAUCUUCCUCUUCGUUGAGCCAAGCACACCGAUCAGUGAAAUCGCAGCAGAGCUACUAGAAGUCUUGACGGAACGCUAUCCGACAGGAUUAACUUCCAUCGAGGAUCAAGCUGUUGUGAAGACUGACCUUCCUAGCGAUCCAUCACAGAUCGUGUUUGGCAAGCCCAAGUCUCCUACCGAUCCUAGCCUAGGAUGGACAGCUCUCCGUGCUAGUGGGGAGGAUACGCUAGUCAAACAUCAUGUCAAGGACAACGAGAGUUUGGCAUUCACAUUCAAGCCUAAAGAUGCAGGCGAAGACUACGAAGUCAAAUUUCAAGUCUUCUACCCGAACCCGGUAGAAUAUGGAGAUGAACAGUAAAAGGGGAUGGGCCAAUGAAAUAGAUUCACGAGAUAUGACUUGACAGAUGGACUCAUGAUUCUGAUGAGGGCUUCUAAUGUUAAAAGCAGGAAGGGCUAUCUUAGACUUAGAAUCAGUAAAAUAAAAUAAAAAACCACCUGAAAUCCAUUCUGCACUUAUUCCCAAUAUCUGUUUGAUAUCUAAUGUUGCGUUGAAUGUUCAAUUUUAUACAAUUUUAUAUAAAUAAUCCAACAUCGUGGAACCUUGAAAAUUUAAAGUUCUAAAAUGUGCUAUGUAACUAAAUUUAGUGAAGA